ACAAAUUUGGAUUGUCGAUCAUUUAAAUAGGAACGUUCCUCUGUUCACAGGCUUAUUUCGUUUUUGGGUUUCGUUUGUUGACUGCUUGUUGUGGUUGCACUCUUGUUGUUUGUGCUCAACUACCUGUGCAAUUUUUCUUUUCAUUUCAAAAGUUUUGUUGCGUGUUUUCAACUAUUAAGCGUAUCCAGUUUGGAAACCUCUUUUUGUGAAGGCAUGUACUGUAGUUUCGAUGGACCCACUGUCUGUUUUUAAGUUAUUUAUUGGUUUGCGAAGUAUUUACGCAAGCUAUUCUUUUUGGAAAUUACCAAAACCGUUUGCCUUCGACAAUUAGUGAGACCUUUGGGUUUCAGCUGUACAGAAAGUUUUGUUUCUUGACGAUAGAAAAAUUUUGUUUUUAGUCUACAAUGAAGAUAGUCACGUCUGACUGUGACCAUAAUUUGAUACAAUUUCCUAACACGUGGUUGGAGGAGGUAUCAGACUUUUCUGAGGGAUCAUCUGUUUUGAGUGGAGCUGAGCAAGUGGUUCCUUGUAGCUUUGACGCCAGUCAGAUCGUCAAACAAGACAAUUUUGAACCUUGUACUUCUGCAGUUACCGUUGUUCCAGUCAUUCCAAUAAGUCCUAUAGUGUCAAGGAGUCCUUCUCCUGCAUCUCGAAAGUCUGAAAGCAACUUUGACUUCAACUAUAAUAAUGAACAAAAUGGCAAAGCAGUGAGUGGUGUAGAGUUGCUCAAAACGAGUGAUAUCGUGGACAACCUUACAAAUUCGUUGUAUCAUUGUGCGAAACCAGUCUUUAACGCCGCGGCUGGGACUCCUAUCGAGUCUGUACUGAGUGAAUUUAUUCAAAGGGGCGAAGAAAGUGCAUUCUACCUGGUGGAUCUAGGAUCUAUUAUCAUGAAAUAUUUCGAGUUUGUUCGACAACUUCCUAGGAUAAAGCCACAUUAUGCUGUCAAGUGCAACCCGGAUGAGAGAGUCAUUCUUAUUUUGGCCAAGCUUGGUUGCAAUUUUGAUUGUGCGUCUAAAGCAGAAAUUAGCCUAGUCAAUUCUUGUGGUGUCUCAAGUGACCGUAUUAUAUAUGCCAAUCCAUGUAAACCGGAAAAGCAUCUAAGAUAUGCAAUAGAGCAUGGAGUAGACUGGGUGACAUUUGACAAUAAGGAUGAAUUGGAAAAGAUUAGUAGGGUUUCACCCAAGAUAAGGGCAGUUUUGCGUAUUGCUACGGAAGAUCAUGAUUCUCUCUGUCCACUGAGUACAAAAUUUGGUGCUCUACCUGAUGAAGUAACGGAACUUUUAUUGUUAGCUAAGUAUCUUGGUGUUCAUGUAGAAGGUGUCGCUUUCCAUGUAGGUUCCGGUUGUCGAUCGGUGCAGACCUAUAUCCGAGCACUUUAUCAGGCCCGCGAAAUUUUCAAUCUUGCUGAAAGUCUUGGUAUGGAACCUUUCCGCUUAUUGGAUAUUGGUGGUGGUUUUCCAGGUUAUGAUGGAGAGUCCCCGAUAACAUUUUACAAUAUCUGCUGCGGAAUCAGAGAUACUAUAGAUUCUCUUUUUCCUAUUGAUCAGGUGAAAGUUAUAGCGGAACCUGGACGAUAUUUUGUUUCAUCAGCCUUCACUCUUGUCACCAGAAUCAUUGCUCGUCGAUUUCGAACUCAAAUACAGGAAGGAGGCAAUAGUUUUCUGAAAGCAGGUUUUUGUCUACAAGAGGAUAUUUCUCACUCAGACCUUGUCGCUGAUUAUUAUAUCGAUGAUGGUGUUUAUGGCUCAUUUCGGGAUGUAGUGUCACUUGGUGUUGCAUUUUAUCCAAAGACAUUUACAUGUUCGAAUGCUGCCAUUGACUAUUCACGGUUUAUACGGAGUUGUGUGUUUGGACCUACUUGUGACUCGAUUGACUGUAUUAUUCGCAACUAUCCCUUACCUAUUUUGGAAGUGGGUGAUUGGUUAUAUUUUACCAACAUGGGUGCCUAUACAGUUAGUCUUGCCAGUUCUUUCAAUGGCUUUUCUUGUCCAAGUAUCAAAUAUGUUUGUGCUUUGUAGUGCAUAGAAAUUUGUGUCGUAGUUGGAUAU